GACUCAGCGGGACCUGUUGCUGUCUGUUCCCAGGAUAUGAACAAGCUGAGCUGUGGGAAGAAGACGCGGGUGGAAGGCGGCCAGCUGGGGGGUGACGAAUGGACCCGCCACGGCAGCUUCGUCCAUAAGCCCACCCGUUGCUGGGUGGACCCGGGCUGGCUGCACCCGGAUGACAAGGUCAUGGGCCCCGGGGUCUCCUACCAUGUCCGGUACAUGGGCUGUGUGGAAGUCCUCCAGUCCAUGAGGGCUUUGGAUUUCAAUACCAGGACGCAGGUCACCAGGGAGGCCAUUGGGCUGGUGUGCGAGGCCGUGCCUGGAGCCAAGGGAGCCGUUCGGAGGAGGGAGCCCUGCGGCCGCUCCCUGAACUCCAUCCUGGGCAAGAGCAACCUGAAGUUCGCCGGCAUGCCCAUCACCCUGACCAUCUCCACCAGCAGCCUCAACCUCAUGGCUUCUGACUGUAAGCAGAUCAUCGCCAACCACCACAUGCAGUCCAUCUCCUUCGCUUCUGGGGGAGACCCGGACACAGCCGAGUACGUCGCCUAUGUUGCCAAAGACCCUGUGAACCAGAGAGCCUGCCACAUCCUGGAGUGCCCCGAGGGCUUGGCGCAGGAUGUGAUCAGCACCAUUGGGCAGGCCUUUGAGCUGCGGUUCAAGCAGUACCUGAAGAACCCCCCAAAGCUGGUGACACCCCAUGACAGGAUGGCAGGGUUUGAUGGCUCUGCCUGGGAUGAGGAAGAGGAGGAACCAGCCCCGGAUCACCAGUAUUACAACGACUUCCCUGGCAAGGAGCCUCCCAUCGGGGGGGUUGUGGACAUGCGGCUGCGGGAAGGAGCUGCUCAGACCCCCAAUCACUUGGGGGCCACGCUGCCCGUCGGCCAGUCAUCUGGCGGGGAGUAUGACCCCCGGAAGCAGCACACUCCUGCCCAAGCAGGGAGAGAGAAAUACCCGGCUCCGGCAGGCGCGGCUGGUCGCACGGACCUGUUCGAUGACCCGUCUUAUGUCAACGUGCAGAACAUGGACAAGACACGCCAAGCGUCGGCCGCGGGCACCCCUGCGACAGCCAACGGCGGGACCCAGAGGGCCACCUUCGACAUGAGGUACGUGCUGACCGGCUUGCAGGGUGGGCAGCCCAAGCAUCUGCUCCUCGUCGAUCCUGAGGGAGUG